AUGUCCGAAUUCCCUACCCUCCAGCCCGCCUUCACCUUCAAGGUCACAAUCGAUGCUCCGCUAGGCGUCGGCAGCGCAUCUCGGCAGAACAGCCUGCAGGUCGUCCCCAUGACCGGCGGCACUGUCCAGAGUGCGCCUGGAUUCUCUCCUGCUCUUGACGCCGAGUUCGUCGGUGUUGGCAACGACUACAUCCAUGCGGAUGCCGACGGCAAGCACCUGCGCCUGGAUGCGCAUGGUGUUAUCAAGCCCAAGGAUGGCGAUGAUCUCAUCUACCUGAACUACACUGGUGUCUGCACCCUGCUUCCCGAAGUGCAGGCCGUUUUCGCCGGAGCUGCUCCUGAUGGCUCGACUCCGUUCAACAGUGCUUUCACGCACAUUACCUUCGAGACCGGCAGCGAACGCUACAAGGAGCUCGAGAACCGCGUUUUCAUCGCCCAGGGACGCUUCAACAUCGAAAAGGGCAAGCCUACUGUGGUCGAGUACCGCGUCAGCCAGGUUGUCCAGGGCUGA